AUGUCGCUAAUAAGGUACCUAACUGAUAAUUUAACUGAUAUUGUUUUCAAUACUAAUGACCUAUCAAUUUUUCAUUGUAAUAUUCGUAGUAUUAACUUGCACUUUAAUGAACUCUUAGUUUAUCUAAAUUCAAUUCCGCAAACUUUUGAUUUUAUUAUUUUAACUGAGACCUGGUUAAGUGUUGAUUUAAACUUUAAUAUUAAUGGUUAUAAAACAUAUCAUUCCUUGGGUUUUUUAAAUAAAUCUGAUGGUGUUACUAUUUUUAUUAGAAAUAAUGUAUUUAUCAUGGACCUUAGUACUAAUAUUAUAACAGAUUGCAAUUCUAUUGAAAUUAAUUUUAAAUACAAUUUACAUAAUUAUAAAAUAAUAGGAAUUUAUAGAUCACCAAGUUUAGUUAUAAAUAAUUUCUUAAUGGGCAUUGAUUCUUACCUGUCCAACAUUUCUGUUAAUGAUAAAGUAAUUAUCUGUGGUGAUAUGAAUAUUAAUAUCCUUGAAAAUUCAAGUGAUGUUUCUAACUACUUAAAUAUUCUGGGAUCUUAUAAUUUUAUUUCUUGUAUUGACUCUUACACUAGGGUUACUGAUUCUACAAUGUCUUGUAUUGAUCAUAUUUUUAUUAGAAAUAUUGAUAUAUCUAAAGCAAAUUCUUUUGUUAUUAAAACAGAUAUUACAGAUCAUUUUAGUUUGGCUUUUUUUAUUAAAGAAGAUUUUAUUGACAAUCUAAAGGAUAAUGUGAGACACGAUAAUUUUAAUAAAAAAAAUAUCAUUAAUUUCAAUACAUUAAAUAUUUUAAUUUCUUCAUUUGAUUGGCAUAGUUUAUUAAUUAAUAAUGAUGUGGACAUAUUGGUAGAUAAAUUUAACUAUAAAAUAAAUGAAUUAAUUAAUAGUGCUACUAAGGUUACUAUUAUUUCAAAUAGUAAACUUAAAAAAACCCAUAAAAUUAAAAUCUGGAUAACUAAUGGUCUUCUUAUCUCAAUUAAAAAUAGACAAAAACUUUAUAAGAAAAAACUUAAUUCACCUUCGAUUUAA